AUGCCCAGCCGAAAACACAUUACUAAAGUUGUGUUACCUGAUUUAUAUGAUGCAUGUCAGGCCAAAGUGGAGGCAGAGAUUCACAAGGGGAUGUUCUACGCUACAACUACAGAUAUGUGGUCGAACCGAACGACACAUCCAUAUAUGAGCCUGACGAUACACUUUAUCAACCGAGAUUGGAACCUCUGCAGCCGCUGUUUACAGACAAGUUAUUUCCCGGAAGACCACACUGGAGAAAUGCUAGCCAAAGGACUCAGAGAAUCUCUUCAAUUGUGGGGACUGCAAGAGGAUCGCCUUGUCUGUGUCACCACAGACAAUGCCACCAACAACAUCCUUGCCCUUCAGCUGAAUGAAAUGACACGCCUACAGUGUUUUGGCCACCGUCUUCAACUAGCUAUUGAGAGGAGUGUGAAACUAAGGGAGGUGGAACAAGCAGUCGGCGUCUGCAAGAAGAUUGUGGAUGCCUUCUCCAAUUCAUGGAAAAGAAGACGGGAGCUGGCCAAGGCUCAAGCAGAUCAAAAUCCACCCUUGCCGCCUCAUCAGCUAAUCACAGAAACCCCUACGAGGUGGGGCUCUAUGCAAGCAAUGGUUGAAAGGGUGAUCGAGCAGGAGAAAGCUCUCUCACAAGUUCUCCGUGCCGACAAAAAGACACGUCACCUGGUCCCAACUUGGCAGGAUAUGGACGUUCUGGAAUCCAUGAACAAGGCACUGAGUCCUCUCAAGGAGUUUACAGAUGCCUUGUCUGGGGAGCUUUACCCAAGUGUUUCCUACUUGAAACCCGUCCUCCAUCUGUUCAAGAACCAGAUACUCAAGCAUCAGGAUGGUGACACUGAGCUCACCACGACUAUAAAAGAGGGCAUACUAAAAUACUUAAAUGAAAAGUAUGAUGACCAGACAACCCAGGACCUGCUUGACAUGGCUUCUCUUGUUGACCCUCGAUUCAAAACCACGUACAUCAAACAAGAGAGGGUGGAUUACAUCAAAACAAGAGCUGCUGCAGAGCUACAGAAGCUGGUGGCUGAACAAACAGAGGCAGUCCCUCUAUCAGCUCCAUCAGUCACUGCCGCAGGUCAGGAUGAGCAAGAGGAGGUUCCUGCUAAGAAGAAAAAGAAGAGUUUGAGCAGCUAUUUUAAAACAUCAGCAAAGCCAAGCCAAGUGGCUCCACAUUCAACUUCAAGCAGAGAGUCAAUUGAAAAGGAGCUAAGCCUCUAUCUCCUAAUGGAAGCAGGUCCAGACACAGAACCACUGGAAUGGUGGAAGAGAAAUGAGGUACAUUUUCCCCUAGUGGCCAAGCUUGCGAGGAAAUAUUUAUGUAUCCCUGCCACAAGUUCACCAUCAGAGCGGGCUUUCAGUGCAAGUGGGAACAUUGUGUCAUGCCAGAGGUCAGCACUGAAACCAGCAAGAGUUGACCAGCUUGUAUUCCUCACACUCAACCUGUAG